AUUAAAAACAAUCGGUAUUUUUUAAACUACAGAUCAUUAAUGCGGAACCCUAUGUUUUCCGUCUUUAGCGGGAAGCAUUUAUGCGUUGCACCGACGUUACACACGAAACAUGGCCGAAGAGGGGCUGAAACAGAAAUCGUCUCUUUUGAAAAGGUGUGUGGACUGACCUCAGGACCAUGCUGCUGCCUCCUUGUCUCCUUCGUCCUCAUGCCUCUUCAAUGCUGUCACAGUGUGUCCAGUCAUUAGCACGCUGCCAUGCUGGGAGGACACUACACUCUCAGACAGUGCACUUCCUACAGCGGAGGACACUUCCUGUGCACCUUCAAGGCCGGGGAAACAGAGGCCACAGCAGGAAGUCCAAGAGUCAGGAGCAAGAGGACACGAAGACGAGGAACAGGACGGUGCUGACCUACAUCGCUGCGGCUGGUGUUGGUAUGAUCGGCCUGUCUUACGCCUCAGUGCCACUUUACAGACUCUACUGUCAGGCCACAGGGCUCGGUGGUGCGGCGGUGGCGGGUCAUGACACCAGUGUGGUGGAGACCAUGAAGCCGGUGAAGGAGCGCGUUCUCAAGGUGUUGUUCAACGCUGACACACACGCCAGCAUGCAGUGGAACUUCAGACCACAGCAGACAGAGAUCUAUCUGGUCCCUGGUGAAACCGCGUUGGCUUUUUAUCGAGCCAAAAACCCGACAGACAAACCCAUCAUCGGUAUCUCCACCUACAACGUGGUUCCUUUUGAGGCUGGCCAGUACUUUAACAAGAUCCAGUGCUUCUGUUUCGAGGAGCAACGUCUGAACCCACAUGAGGAGGUGGACAUGCCCGUCUUCUUUUACAUUGACCCAGAGUUUGACGAGGACCCACGCAUGGCGCGGGUGAACACCAUCACGUUGUCCUACACCUUCUUCGAGGCUAAAGAGGGUCAGAGUCUGCCGCUCCCUGGAUACAGCUACAAAUGAGGCACAAGUAGGAACCAGGAGCAAGAACAGAGACUGGAAGAAAGAGCCAGAAUAAUCCUGGUCCCAGAGUGGGACCUCAGGUUUUAUGAGGCUACAAAUCUAUCUCUCCAGCAUGUCCUGGGUCUUCUUCUUUGUCUCCUGCAAGUGGGUCAUGCCCAGUAGACCUCUUGGCCCUGUCAGUGGUUUUUACAACAGCCCACUGUAUCUGCCACAACUUUACCACCAGACCUGAACUGCCCUGAGAUGUUGUUCUGAUCAGCUUUUUAUCACUGUUAAAGGACAAUCUGAACAAAUCGUGCUUUUGUUCCACAUUUCAACCAUUGAUUUGCCCACUGUAUGUCAGGACCCUGAGGUGCUGAUGAAAGAGAGAGAGAGAGAGUGUGUAUGUGUGUGUUUGUUUCAGAAAGAAAAAUGAUUAAUUUAUGAAAAUGUAAUAUUUUCUUUAAACUGAAGAGAAAAUAAAUGUUUAUUACUUACCA